AUGGCUGACCAAGUACCCGAAGUACCACUCGUUCUUGUAUCAAACCCUUAUUUAGAGAAGAAGGCGUCCAUCAUUCGACAAAAGCCUAUCCUUUGGGAGGGUUAUGAACGCGCUAGUUUAUUGACACAUGAACAAGUCGAGCUUAUCAAAGCUAUCGACAAGAAGCCCUCUCAUGUUAUUCAAGAAGCCAUGAAUGAAAAGGGUUCAACUUAUGCUUCUCUCAUUUUGUACCUUUUGCAAAAUUUGUCGAGACCUGAUACCAUCCAAUACGUCUGUUUAAUGACGGAUGAUAUUCUUUCUGCUAGCGAUGAUAAUGCUCGCUAUUUCCAUGAAAUAUCCAAAGACGAUGCCUCUCUUCCUUUUGCACCUUUCCUCAAAGUACUUGAAGCCGAAGAUGAGUUUAUGGCCCUUGAAGCAUCUAAAGUGUUGACUAUCCUCGCUUGUUCUGCUCCUUUACCAUCUUCAGUGGAUCUCUCUGCUUUAUUCAACUGGAUCACCAAGAAAUUGACUGGUUCUAUCAGCGAUGUUGUUAACUUGGUCAUUCAAGAAUUAGAGUCAUUAUUGCGUGUCAACACCUACCGUUUGUCUGUUUGGAACACUCAAAAUGCAAUCAAGGAGUUGAUUCAUCGUCUCUACUUGAACAAAUCUGCUUCAACACCUCAAAUUCAAUACCAAAUUAUCUUUUGCUUAUGGCUUCUUACCUUUGAAAAGGACAUUGCAGCUCAAAUCAACGAAAAAUACGAUGUGAUUCCCUUGUUGGUGGAGAUUGCCAAAUCGGCUGUCAAAGAAAAGGUGAUUCGUGUCUCUGUUGCUACAUUGAAGAAUUUGGUUGAAAAGGCACCUGCUCAAAACUUGGCUGCCAUGUUGGUUACUAAGUUACUACCUUUCACUGAGAAUUUGAGCUCUCGCAAGUGGUCAGAUGCUGAUAUUUUGGAGGACAUUGAUUACAUCAAGGAGAGAUUACAAGAGGAUUUCCAAAGUCUUACUACCUUUGAACAAUAUGCAUCUGAAGUUGAGACGGGUAAGCUGGAGUGGUCUCCUCCUCACAAAUCUGACUUGUUUUGGAAGGAAAACGCUAGCAAGCUUGAACAACACAACUAUCAAUUGCUCCGCGCACUUGCUCGUCUCCUCAGCACAUCCACCAGCCCAUUGGUUUUAUCUAUUGCUGCUAGUGAUAUUGGAUACUAUGUCAAAUACUCAUCCAAGACUGGAAAGAACGUUUUGCAAGAAAUUGGUGCAAAGCAACGUAUUAUGGAACUUAUGACUCAUGAGGAUCAAGAAGUCAGAUACCAGGCCCUUUUGGCUGUUCAAAAAUACAUGCACCAAGCAUGGUAG